AUGUCGCUCAUCUGUUCAUUAUCCAACGAGGUGCCGGAGCAUCCAGUUAUUAGUCCGAAGUCUGGACAUGUCUUCGAAAGACGCGUAAUUGAGAAGUACCUUCAGGAGAAUGGGACUGAUCCCAUUGAUCAACAACCUCUUACUGUAGAGGAGCUUAUCGAAAUAAAAACAUCUCCGUUUGUUCGCCCAAAACCACCGUCAGCCACAUCAAUUCCUGCCAUUUUGAAGACCCUACAGGACGAAUGGGAUGCUGUAAUGCUUCAGUCGUUUACCCUCCGUCAGCAACUACAAACUGCUCGGCAGGAACUUUCACACGCCCUUUAUCAACAUGAUGCUGCCUGUCGCGUCAUAGCC